CAAAGAAGAACUUGUAUAAAGAAACAGAUCAUAAAGGAUUUGAGCUUUGAUAUCUCCAUGGAUUUAUCAAGUCUUUGAGUUUCAGACUGGAAUCGAAGCCUCGGAGUAAAAGAGAGAACAAAAGCUGAUCUUGUGCUUAUCAUAGCAUGAAGAAACUUGAAUCUCUCAUCUCAGUCUCUUUUGUAGUCCGAUUCGAACAAAAACUGGAGCAAUAGGAAGAAGAAGAAGAACCUUAAAGGUGAGUCAAAAAAAGAUUUGUGCAUCUGUUUCUGAAGCGUUUACAGAUGGCUAGAUUCUUACUUGAGACGCAAGCUACCCCGACUAUUUCAGCUACUGAUGCAAAUCCUAGAACCUUAGGAGACUCAGUCAGCAACAACAAGAAUAUAGCUAGCAUGGAUACACACAUGGUGAUCGUACUAGCCGCUCUUCUAUGCGCCUUGAUAUGUGCUCUUGGCAUCAAUUCGGUCUUGCGCUGUGCCUUACGCUGCACAAGAAGGUUCACUCCCAACGAAGAUCCAGUUGACACUAACGCAAACGUAAACGUAGCAAAGGGGAUCAAGAAACGGGCGUUGAAGCGUAUUCCGGUUGAUUCAUACAGUCUUGAGCUUAAGAUGAAAGCCACAGAGUGUUUGAUCUGUUUAGGGGAGUUUGUUGAAGGAGAAACAGUUAGGGUUUUGCCCAAAUGUAACCAUGGCUUCCACGUCAAGUGUAUCGACACUUGGUUGCUGUCGCAUUCCUCUUGCCCCACUUGCAGACAAUCACUCCUCGAACACCAGACUCCAGCAAAUGGUUCCCGGCGGGGUGAUGACGUAGCAACGUAACAGAGCUUCAUGAGGUCAUCACUUUCAAUGUUGAGUUUUUGCUUCACCUAAGUAGGUUUUCUUCUUUCUGGUUUGGUAUAUAUAUAUAUAUAUAUAUAUUUGUUUUGUUUGUAAAUUGCUGUUUACAAUUAGGGAAGUUUUAUCCACAAUUUAGUUAUAUAAUCUUCUAAGUUUUGGCUUUUCAAGUUUGAUUUGGUUUUUGAUUGACUUUGGUUUUCAGAAUUGUUUAGCCUUUAACGGAAUAUAAAAACCAAAACCAAAAUGUAACUCAGUCGGUUUUUUGUUCAGGUUUGAAUAAACUAAAUUUGUUUCA